AUGAACGCUCUUCUGGCCUUCUUCCUUGGCCAGUUCUCGCUGGCUGUCUUGCUCUUCGCCUUCAUAAAGUUCUUUAUCUUCGGCGAGCCGCCUCCUCCUUCUCACCUUGUCCGAAGACGUGCCUCAAGCUUCGCGUUACGACGACCGCCCAGCCGGUCGCGAACAAAGUUUACUUCAGUACUACGGCCGACGCCGAAGAUCACAACAGAAUCUAUACUGUCGAAAACUUUCUACAAUGUCUCUGGUCAUCAGCCAGAGAGUUUGGAUUGGUUCAAUGUGCUAGUGGCACAAGCAUUAGCUCAACUGCGAGAAGACGCCUCGCAAGAUGGUGCUAUUCUCAAGAGCUUGAAUGCGGUUCUAAAUGGAGAACACAAGCCCAGUUUUGUUGGUGAUAUACGCGUCACAGAGAUCUCUUUGGGUGAAGAGUAUCCCAUUUUUAGCAAUUGCAGGAUCAUUCCUGUCGAGGAGAAGGAUUCGGUAGCUGGAGAAGCCGGUUCGAGACUCCAGGCGCGGCUGGACGUUGACUUGAGUGAUUGCAUCACUUUGGGCGUCGAGACGAAACUUGUGCUCAAUUAUCCCAAGGCACUGGUUGCAGUGCUGCCAGUUGCUCUGGCUGUCAGCGUGGAAAGAUUCUCAGCUACGCUAUCACUAAGCUUUAUCCCAUCUGCCGAUCCUCCUGCGCCGAAGGAUGACUCCUCUAAAGAAGGUGGUUCCGGAAAUUCAAGAUCUCCAACUACUCUAGCAUUCUCGUUCCAGCCAGAUUACCGCUUGGACAUCUCAGUUCGUUCCCUUGUUGGAUCAAGAUCACGAUUGCAGGACGUACCGAAGAUUGCUCAGAUCGUUGAGGCGAGAAUACACCAAUGGUUUGAUGAACGAUGCGUCGAACCUCGGGUACAGCAAAUCGUUCUUCCAAACUUAUGGCCUCGCAAGAAAAACACACGUGGUGGGGACGAAGAUGAUGAAGCGAUAGAAGAAGAUAUGGUAGACGAGCUUGCGGAACGAGCAAAUGGAGGAUACGACGCUAUGCAAGAUACUGGCUAUGAGGAUAGCUUGGAGGCGAGGAUGGCAGCCGAGGGUAGGAAAAUUAGAGAGGCAGAAAGAAAGGAGGAAAGAGAGCGACGCGCAAGAGAUCAACCGCAGCCGACACUGCGUCGGCGUCCUGGUCACAAGUCACUCGCAAGCGCCGAGGGCUUCAAGAUGCCAGGACACUUCGAAUGA